GCUAUGGGCAUCAUGAACUCGUUUGUGAGCGACAUCUUUGAGCGCAUCGCCGGUGAGGCCUCCCGUCUGGCUCACUACAACAAGCGCUCCACCAUCACUAGCAGAGAGAUCCAGACCGCCGUCCGCCUGCUGCUGCCCGGUGAGCUGGCCAAGCACGCUGUGUCUGAGGGCACCAAGGCCGUCACCAAGUACACCAGCUCCAAGUAA